AUUUGAAGUUGACUUAGUGCUUAUCCAACAUCUCGUGAGCGUUUAAAUUAGAUCUAUCUUUCAAUUUACCAUGGCUGCUCUACCAAAAAGAAUCAUCAAAGAAACUGAAAGAUUAGUCAGUGAUCCAGUACCAGGUAUAACUGCUGUUCCCCAUGAAGAGAAUUUGAGAUAUUUUGAUGUGACCAUUCAAGGUCCAGAUCAAUCUCCUUAUGAAGGUGGUGUUUUCAAAUUAGAAUUGUUCUUACCAGAUGAUUAUCCAAUGAUUGCACCAAAAGUGAGAUUCUUGACAAAGAUCUAUCAUCCAAAUAUUGAUAAAUUAGGAAGAAUAUGUCUUGAUGUGUUGAAAAAUAACUGGUCUCCAGCUUUACAAAUCAGAACUAUCUUGUUAUCAGUCCAAGCAUUAUUGGCUGCACCAAAUCCAAAUGAUCCUUUAGCCAAUGAUGUUGCUGAAGAAUGGCUAGAAAACGAAAACAGGGCCAUUCAAACUGCUAAAGAGUGGACCAAGAACUAUGCGAAGGAAUAGAGAGCGGAAACAUAUGAGCUGUGUAUACUAGAGUAAUGAUGAUGUCCCUAUAUAAAGC